UCGGUUCGAAAACCCCUUCACACGAAAAGUUUUGGUAGAAGAACGCGUCCAGGGGUGAGCUGAAGCGAAGUUUCGUAAGUCUUUGUUUCUACUUACUAUCUCUUAGACAGAGCGAGCUUCAAACUCAUUCAUUUCUCUGUUUUGCGUUGUACCCGAUUAUGGUGAAAGCUGCGAGCGAGAACGGUUCUUCUUCAGUGGCACCUUUCUUGACCAAAUGUUACGAUAUGGUUCAAGAUCCUUCCACCGACUCCAUCAUCUAUUGGUCUCAAUCCAAUAACAGUUUCAUCAUCGAUAACGUCUCCAAAUUCUCUCUCACUCUUCUUCCUAAUUACUUCAAACACAACAAUUUCUCCAGCUUCGUUAGACAACUCAAUAUCUAUGGUUUCAGGAAAAUUGAUACGGAUAACUGGGAAUUUGCCAAUGAAAACUUCAUUAGGGGUCAAAAGCAUUUGUUGAAGAAUAUACGUAGGAGGAAACAUCCACAUGUUGCAGAUCAGCAAAAAGCAUUGCCGCAGAAAACCAAUUCUGAUGAACCAUCACUAGAAGCAAUUAAUUCAAACCUGUGGAAAGAAGUUGAGAAUCUCAAAUCCGAUAGAAAAACCCUGACACAGGAGUUGGUUAAACAUAAGCAGCACCUUGAAUCUUCUGAGAGUAAGUUGCUUCUACUGAGUGAUCGUCUUGAAGGAAUGGAGAAGCAUCAACAACAAAUGCUAUCAUUCUUGGUCAUGGUUGUACAAUGCCCUGGAUUCCUGGCUCAGCUGCUUCACCCUAAGGAAAAUAACUGGCGUUUUGCAGAAGAAGGGAAUAUGUGGGACCAGAGUAGCCAAGAUGAUGAACCAGUUCCGUCUGAUGGAGCGAUUAUAAAGUAUAAGCCACCUGUAAGUGAAACACUAAGGCCUGUAGUUCCGCGAUCUCCUGCCUUUGAACCAGAACCUGAACUUUCUGCAGAUGGGUUAAAAGACUUGUGCAUCAGUUCUGAGUUCUUGAAAUUGCUCCUAGAUGAGAAAUUAUCUCCAUUAGAUAACCAUUCUCCGUUUCUCGUACCGGAUUUACCCGAUGAUGGUUCGUGGGAAAAACUUUUUUUGGGCAGUCCUUUCCCCGAAAACACUGAAGAUACUGAUCAUGAAAAUGAGAGGCACAAUGUUAGUGAAAUGGAGAUGGAACCUAUCACGGAAACUCCAAAUGAAAGAUCUGCUUUUGAAGCAAUGAUAGUAGAAAUGGAGAAAACUCAAGCAUGAGUUUGAAUUAUAUGCUGCUGAGGGAGGAUAUUGGAUGGGUCACAGGGUUUGGAAUCUCAAACUGAGAAAAUUGAACUUCAGCUUUAAAAACUAGCAAAAUUUAGAGAGAGAAGGAAGCAAUUUUCCUUGCGGUUAAGUCAUAGCAUUUUCAAGUCAGCAUUUAACUAUUUUUUCUUCCAUCUUCCUCCAGCAGUUGUUUGAUCCUCAUAUGGAUUCAGUAUUCAACUUAUAUCUGAAUAUUAAUCCGGAUUUGCUUUUUGGCUUGUUGAUAUGGUGUCCAGUCCCGGUCAAGGAGUUGUAUGAUCUGCGGCUAGCAUGAUGGAUCAAAUGUUUUCUUUUUAUGUAUAAACUGUAAGGAAGAGUGGUCUAGAAGGAGCUUUGUUUUUUGUGCCACACUAAACAGUUGCACAUGCCUUCAUAUACUUAUAAAAAAAAGGUUUUAUAGAGAA